CCUUUUCUGUAGCGACCGCAUCCGGAGAACAUGCCACUCGCUAAGGAUCUCCUGCACCCAACUCCCGAGGAGGAGAAGAGGAAACACAAGAAGAAGCGCCUGGUCCAGAGCCCAAACUCCUAUUUCAUGGAUGUCAAAUGCCCAGGUUGUUACAAGAUCACCACAGUGUUCAGUCACGCGCAAACUGUCGUCCUGUGUGUCGGCUGCUCCACCGUCCUGUGUCAGCCCACGGGGGGCAAAGCUCGGCUCACAGAAGGUUGUUCCUUCAGAAGAAAGCAACACUAAUGUUCCUGGCUGGAGAUACAAUGGGGAGUAAGCUGUGAGUAAGGACUGGCCCAUGGGAAGGAUUAUUACAGCGUGACUCCUAUGUGGACCCUGUAGCCUCACCCCUGUCUCAAUAAAUUUUGGAUACAAGUUA